AUGGAUUCUAGAUACUCUCGCAUGGCGGGUUUCUUGGGAGUGUUUCUCGGACUGUUGGCACUAGUGGAUGCGUUACCACUACUUUCGUUACUUGCACGAGACCCGGCCAGAGGUGUCGGCGGCGCGGCUGCUGUUAGCAGCACAAGUGGCCAGACUGAUAGUGAAUCAUUCACCGACAACACCGGUCGUCUAAUCGGUCUUGUAAUUGGCAUAUUCAUCGUCGCCGUCCUAAUUGUCCUCUGCUUCUUCACGUACCGCAACCGACAGGCAAAGAAACGACGGCUGGCGCAAAGGGCAGCGAUGCAGAAAGAGACGAGUGCUAGCAGUGCUAGCUCGGAUGGAUAUGUGGCCGCUGCGCGCCCGGAAAACGCAAAAUUGAUGGACGGGAAAUACGAGCCGGACAUGGACGAGGUGUACCAUUCCGGUCAGCAAAGUAGAAGAGCGGUGGAUACGCAGUAUAAGGGCUCGUAUAUGAAGCCAUAG